AUGCCGCCCGCAAGGCGUUCUAGGCAGCGGGACAUCCGCGAUAUGGCGGAUUCCGUUGCCCGCGCGCGUUUGGACUACCUGUGGGCGGCAGUUGUGGCUGAAAAUGAUCUUGCCUUCAACGUCUCCAAGUCUCGUGCGCUACAGGCCUUCGUUGACGCGGCUGUCGUCUACGCGAAGCCCUACACACUCCCAACCCCUUACAAGGUGUCCGGAUCUCUCCUCGACAAGCUAAGGGCGGACGCCGAGGAGCUUGUGAGGCCGUUGAAGGAGAGUUGGAAGACGACCGGGUGCAGUCUUUCGGUGGACGGGUGGACGUGCUUGAAGACCCGCGCGAUGGUGUGCGUCAUCGCCCUCAACGACACCGCGCCCGUCAUUGUGGACAUCAUCGACUCGAAAACCGCGAAGAAAACGGGGGAUUACCUCGCGGGUCUCAUCGGCAAGUCCAUCUCCGAAGUGGGGAAAGAUCUCGUGGUCCAGGUCAUUAUGGACAACGCCUCUAACAACCGAUCUGCGGCUGAGAAGCUUAAGGUGGAGUUUCCCAGGAUUUUCUUCACCAAUUGCGCCGCCCACUGCUUGGAUCUUAUGCUUCACGACUUUGGGAAAGUCAAGCCCAUCAAACUCGUCUUGGAGCAAGUUCAUCGGGUCGUCAUGAUGAUCAAGGGCAGCGCCUCGGCCGUCGUUCUAUUCCGCGAGCUUUUUACCAAGCUUUCGUUGGUGCGGCCGGGUGCGACACGUUUCGGCACGCAAGUCAUCAUGCUACGCCGAUUCUUGGAGGUGAAGAAGGCGCUCCAGGAGAUGGUCAUCAGCGAUGAAUGGAAAGGGGUGGCGGUGGCGCAGAAGACCGAAGGGCAGGAGGUGCGGACGCUUCUUCUCGACGACGUAUUUUGGGACUGCGUGUCUGCGGUGCUCGGCCUCCUCACGCCGGUUUAUGAAGUGCUAAGGGUGGUUGACACGCGGGCGCAAAUCAUGGGCCAAAUCUAUGGCCUUAUGAUUGACAUCACGGUCAAGACUCGGGUAGCUGCAGAGGCCGCCGCGGCGGUGUUCGUCAAGAAGACGGGUCUGCUCUUGGCCAAGGACAAGAGCUCCUUCAUCACAUCCAUCAAGGGCAUCCUUGCCAAGCGUUGGGAUGGGCAACUCCACAACUCCCUGCAUGCCCUCGGAUGGCUUCUUAAUCCCCGCAACCAAUAUGCGGGGGAGGUGAGAACGGAUGCGGAGGUGAGGAAGGGGGCCAACGAGGUGAUUCAUGCCCGGGUGGGGGAUGUUGCCCAGCGCAUCAAGCUGCAGACACAGCUGGUGCAGUUUCACAAGGGGGAGGGCCGCCUCGGGUCGGAUGACGCGCUAUGGGCAGCCAGGAUUUUGGUGGCGGGGGGACACAUGACGGAUGCGGAGUGGUGGUGCAUUUUUGGAGGGGAAGUGCAAGCGCUCCAGGAGCUGGCUGUGACGUCCCUUUCACAGCCAGUCACCUCGUCAGAGGUGGAGCGGUACUGGUCCGCCCUUGCACGAGUGCAGAGGCGCGACCGGAACCGCAUCGCGGCCAAGAAGAUGACUGAUGUCACCUUCGUGGCCUUCACGAGGAGGGCCCGCGAUGCGUUUGAUCGCAAAACGCAGGCGCGUGCGAAGUUGUACGCCGAUCUCACCGACGGAACCCUCAAAGAGGGCAUUGCCGUUCUCCCGCCCGCACCAGUGGAGGCGGUUGAUGAUGGGGCUGAGGAGGAGGAGGGAGCCGAGGUGCAGGAGUGCACCAUCGACUGGAGCGUCUUUGGGAGCAUUGGUAAGAAGAAGAAGAAGCGCGCGGGAGAGAGCUCCAAGAGGAAGAAGAAGCAGAAGGGAAAGGGGCCAUGCAAGCGGAAGGGGAGAGGAAAGAAGCAUGUGGAGGAGGAGGAGGCGGAGGAUGACGAGGAGGAGGACGACGACGAGGAGGAGGACGACGAGGAGGAGGAGGACGACGAGGAGGAGGAGGAUGAGGAGGAGGAGGAUGAGGAGGAGGAGGAGGAGGAGGAGGCGGAGGAGGAGGAAGGAUAG